AUGGUUUGAUAGUUGACAGAAAACACCUCAAACAGAAUUUGCUAUUCUAGUAGUUUUUUCAUUCAUUCAUUCUUUCUUUUUUCUAAAAAAGCAAAUCUUGUGAGUCCCGAAAAUUUUGCAUAUAGGUAUCUUGUCUUUGCUCGUGGCGCGGAGACAAACGAAAAAAGAUUUUUUUUAAAAGAAAGAUUUAAAAAAAAUCCAUCAUAUAAUGAACUGUGUUUCUUAACAGUAAAUGUUAGUAGUACUUAGUGAAUUGCCUUGUUGUGCUCCAGCACAGCUGAAAUUGAAAAACGAACAUGGAAAUGAUAUUUUUGAUGGGGAGGGGUUUCUUUUACAGCAGAGCUACAGGCGGCUGUAUUGAUCAAGGAAGAAGGACCAAAAACGCGCGUGCGAACUUUCCUUACUUCGUUCUUACCUAAUCAGAUACUUGGAACGACUUUAAUACCCGGGAGAGAUUUUAAACAAUUGUUACGCAACAUUUUGGAGGGUACUUACUUAGCAUUUGUUUUGCGAGUUAUCAAGGUCAAACCAGGCCAAACUCGUUCAAAUUAAUCAGCGAGUAGUUAUAAUUGCACUUUAUUUAUUGGAGAAGAACAAACGUUUCUCCUAUUUGGCGAAAACGAUGAUUGACCAUGUCAAUCAGGAGGAUAGCGUUUAGUCGUUGUAUUUUCGCUUUGUCAGAUCUUGAAAGCUUAGAUGUUUUAAAUUAUGGAGGGUAAAAAGUGUGAUCAUUGAGACGGACAAGAGGGCUACCCUCCCCCCCCCCCAACCCCCUAUUUCCUUGCCUACCAAUAAUCCCAGUUAACUCUAGUAAGUCUCAUAAAAACCGGGUAGACAGGGUCCUCUGGCCUGAUUUUUAGCACUUACGCGAGAAAUGUUCUUUGUAGAAUCUAAAUAUUUCAAGCUUACUAGGAACAGACGCAUAGGCGAUGCAUUGAAAAACGCCACAGGAGCUAGAAACACAGUGGACAUGGAAACGGUUCUGAAAAUCAGCAAACUGUUUUCUGAGUUGAAACCUCAACUCUGUCAUUCAAAUGACGUCACAUGUCCCCCAGGCCCUCCCGGUCGACCUGGACCAAGGGGAGACGAAGGAUCUUGGGGACGAAGAGGACAGAAAGGACAAACAGGAAACAGAGGAGACCAAGGCAUUGUGGGAUCGCCUGGAAUGAGCGGAAAGCAAGGCAUCAUGGGACCUGUAGGUCCGAAGGGUGAUGUUGGACUCAAGGAACAAAAAGAAGAUAUAGGACCUGCAGGCAUGCCGGGAGCUAAAAGAGAACCUGGUGAAUCGAUUUCCGCUCCUGUUGUUGCUGUGUCCCCUAAAACACUGACAGUUAACGAAGGUGGCUCAGCUUCGUUUCAGUGUUCAGUGAGUGGUAAUCCUAAACCCGCAAUCAAAUGGAGUAAACGGAACAGUCAGUCACAAAUAAGCUGA